ACUUCUCAACCUCACCUGCAAUAUUUGCUUAUCUAUCCACACCUGCAAAAGGGUCAGACCAAGUCUUGAGAGACUUUCCAUCUUAUUGAACUCUUUCACAUCUUAACAUCUCUUUCUCUCUCUCUCUCUCUCUCUCUAUAUAUAUAUAUAUAUAUAUAUAUUCAUUGCGAAGAUCUCAUCCGAGAAAACCAAAUUAAUAAUGAGUUUCACAGUGAGUAGCAAACAAUUGUUGUCCAAAAUAGCAACCGGAGAUGGUCAUGGAGAGAACUCUCCAUACUUUGACGGUUGGAAGGCUUAUGACAAUGAUCCAUUUCACCCCACCAACAACUCUAAUGGGGUUAUCCAAAUGGGCCUCGCUGAAAAUCAGUUAUGCUUUGAUUUGGUUCAAGACUGGAUUUUGGACAACCCCAGAGCCUCCAUUUGCACGCCUGAAGGAGUAGAUGAAUUUAGAGACAUAGCUAUUUUCCAAGACUACCAUGGCCUGCCAGAAUUCAGAGAAGCUGUUGCAAAGUUCAUGGGAAAGGUUAGAAGAGACCGAGUAACAUUCGAUCCCGACCGCAUUGUAAUGAGUGGAGGAGCAACUGGUGCUCAUGAAAUGGUUACUUUUUGUUUGGCUGAUCCUGGGGAAGCAUUUCUGGUUCCUGUCCCUUAUUAUCCAGGAUUCGACCGAGACUUAAAAUGGAGAACAGGAAUACAACUUAUUCCAGUCCACUGCGAAAGCGCCAACGGCUUCAAGGUGACAAGAGAUGCCUUGGAAGAAGCGUAUGAGAAAACUGAAUCGGAGAACAUAAGAGUGAAGGGGUUGCUGAUCACCAACCCUUCAAACCCCUUAGGCACAAUCCUAGACCGAGAGACUCUAAGAUCUAUAGUGAGAUUCAUCAAUGAGAAGAGCAUUCACUUAGUCUGCGACGAAAUCUACGCAGCCACGGUCUUCAGCCAGCCAGCAUUCGUGAGCAUAUCGGAGAUCAUUGCAGGGGAUGAUGGCAUUAAGUGCAACACUGACCUCAUCCACAUUGUCUACAGCCUCUCAAAGGACAUGGGAUUCCCAGGCUUCAGAGUCGGGAUUGUGUAUUCCUACAACGACGCGGUGGUAAACUGCGCGAGAAAGAUGUCAAGCUUCGGAUUAGUAUCCUCCCAAACACAACACCUGAUUGCGGCCAUGCUAUCAGAUGACGUGUUUGUGAAGAGGUUUUUGGCUGAAAGUUCUAGGAGAUUAGGAAUUAGGCACAAGGUCUUCACAAGAGGACUUGCUCAGGUCGGAAUUAGCUGCUUGAAGAGCAAUGCAGGCCUGUUUUUGUGGAUGGAUUUGCAUAGGCUGCUCAAAGAACAAACACUUGAGGCAGAGAUGGCUCUAUGGAAAGUCAUAAUUCAUGAAGUCAAGCUCAACGUGUCGCCGGGAUCUUCGUUUCACUGCCCCGAACCGGGAUGGUUCAGGGUUUGCAUUGCCAACAUGGAUGAUCACACCAUGGAAGUUGCUCUGAAAAGAAUUAGAAGCUUUGUGCUUCAAAAGAAGGAGCCUGUUGUGGUGCCAAACAAGAAGAAGUGCUGGCAGGAUCACAACCUCAGGCUCAGCUUUUCAGCUCGCCGAUUCGACGAUUUCUUGAUGGCAUCACCACAUUCUCCUAUACCUCACUCACCUUUGGUGCAAGCAAGGACUUAAUUAGUUUGGAAUUAGCUUGUAAUUUCUUAACUAUUAAAUUGUUUAACUAGAUUCAUGCAGUUCUUUUUUUUUUUUUCCCCUACGUACUUGAAAGUAUAUAGUUGACCAAUGUUCUAACCCAGUUUGUAGAUGCUCUUAUUGCAUCCUACGGGAUUACUUUGGUUCAAUGUAUGACCUUUUUUUUUUUUUUUUUUUCUUUUUGUAAUAUCUGUCAUCCUCUUGGCUUGGAUCAGUGUAAUUCCUUUUUCCUUUUUCACAUACCAAUGUCAGUGAAGAAGGUGUGUAACGGUUCUUUUCUUUAUAAGCGUGUCAAUAAAUUAUAGUAAUGGCUUUCGCAA